CAAAGGGGGGAUUUACAAUGUUGUGCUAUGGUCUGGCAGAGAUGCUCGUGCAACUUCAGUAAUUCACUAUGAGCGGGUCAGGCGGAUUCUUUCAAGCAAUCAAACACAUUAAAGAAACCACAGGAGUGACACUUCACAAAUAAAUACUUCAUGUUGGGCUCGCUGAUGAAGAAGAAGCGCGUACACGCUCAGAAGAAAACGGUGCAACCUGAUUUAAAACCAGUGCAUGCGGGAGCUGAGAGUUGAAGAAAGCCUGCUCUUGUGCAAAGACAGCUUUAUCAAGGGAAGCGCAUUUUCACGAACGAGAAGUGGAAACUUUUAACAAAACGAUCGUUCGGUCAAAGGUACACGUUUGACCCGCUGCGAGUGUGUUCUUUCAUCUUUCUCUCGAUCCGCAAACCGUGGACUCCCAGCACUGUCUAUAGGGCAAACCUCCGAGUUUACUGGCCAAUGAGAAAAGGACGUGGAGGACGAGAGGACAAUGUAAAUGUACUAACGAAAGUAACUAAUGGCUAAGAAUAUAUCAAAACCUACUGCAGAUUUUCAGAGCUAACGUGUUUUACACAGCCGUGUCACUUGAUUUGUUUUAACAAUUUAUAAGAUAAGAAUACUGUCAGGGGGCUGAUCACAGCAUGCAGUUAACAACCUCUCCGACUUCUGAUCUAACUUCAGACCAUCUAUGCACCCUAAAACAAUAUACUUAGCUGCAUUUCGGACACUUUCGCAGAGUCCAUCCAGGAUGGCGGAUACACAUCGGGUCAACACAGGCUUUUUAUUAUAUCGGCGCUAAGCUUUGAAUAAUUUGUUGCAUGCAUAUAUAUAUAUUUUUUAUCUUUGGAACAAAUGUUGUAAGAUAGCACAGUGAAUACUUGUGGAAAUUCUCUUCACGUUUGGAGCUACGAUGCUGGUCACUUGGGGCGCAUUUUUUCAAUCAUUUCUGAUAUUGUUGGUGAAAGCCAACCAGUGGAGCCUAAGAGAAUCAACUCACUGCGAACUCGGCAAAAAGCAAAGCGAUUUAAACUCGUUCCUGUGGACCAUUAAACGGGAUCCUCCCUCGUACUUUUAUGGAACUAUCCAUGUCCCCUACACCAGAGUCUGGGACUUCAUCCCCGAGAAUUCCAAAAAAGCCUUCCAGGAGAGCAACGUGGUGUACUUCGAGCUGGACCUGACUGACCCGUACACCAUCUCGGCCCUGACCAGCUGCCAGCUGCUGCCGCAGGGGGAGAACCUUCAGGAUGUGUUGCCGCGGGACAUCUACAGGCGCCUGAAGCGCCACCUGGAGUACGUCAAACUCAUGAUGCCCUCCUGGAUGACCCCGGACCAGCGCGGCAAGGGCCUGUACGCCGACUACCUCUUCAAUGCCAUUGCCGGGAACUGGGAGCGAAAGAGGCCCGUGUGGGUGAUGCUGAUGGUGAACUCGCUGACGGAGGCGGACAUAAAGACGCGGGGGGUGCCCGUGUUGGACCUGUACCUGGCCCAGGAGGCCGAGCGAAUGAGGAAGAGGACGGGCGCCGUGGAGAAGGUGGAGGAGCAGUGUCACCCGCUCAAUGGGCUCAACUUCUCCCAGGUGAUUUUUGCUCUGAACCAGACCCUCCUGCAGCAGGAGAGUCUAAGGGCAGGCAGCCUGCAGGUACCUUACACCACUGAGGAUCUCAUCAAGCACUACAACUGUGGAGACCUCAGCUCCAUCAUCUUCAACCAUGAGACCUCCCAGGUCCCCAACUUCAACAAUGUCACACUGCCCCCCAGCGAGCAGAUCACUGCCCAGGAGAUCGACAGCUACUUCCGGCAGGAGCUGAUCUACAAGCGCAAUGAGAGGAUGGGCAGGAGAGUGAAGGCCCUGCUGGAGGAGAACCCAGACAAGAGCUUCUUCUUUGCCUUUGGAGCUGGUCACUUCCUGGGCAACAACACGGUGAUUGAUGUGUUACGGAGUCAAGGAUAUGAAGUGGAGCACACUCCCGCGGGGCAGCCCAUUAACAGCGGCAGGCGCUCAAAAUCUUCCUCUGUCCCUCUGCACACGGCGUACUCCGCGGGCCAGGAGUCAGACUCCCCCUCGCCCCUGGAGCCUUUCCUGCACGAUCACCAGCAGCGCCCUCUGGAGGAGGAGCUGCUGCCCCACAUGCUGCUGCCCGACAGCCUGGACCUGUUGGAAAAGGCGGACCGCAAGCUGAAGAAGAGGCGGCGCAACAAGCAGAGGAAACAGCGCAUGAGGCAGUUCAGCGACCUGUGGGUCCGCAUCGAGGAGAGCACGACGGUGGAACCACCCCCGCCUCCUCUUGUACGCAUCAUAAAUGGUUACAUCACAGUGCAGCCUCACAACCAAGGUCACAGAAGAUCCAGUGACGCCCAGACGUCCUCUGCGUCCACCCCAGCCUUGUCUGUCCUCAGUUUUCUGUUGACAGCGUGCAUACAGAUAUUGACAUUUCAGCUCUACUAACCCAAUAGCAUCAUUCAGUCAUGUCUCUUCAGAAACCGGAGGGAAUGGUCUGCGAUAUUAAGGUUCGUCUGAGGGGAUGUAAAGACUGAAGAGAUCCUAAGGAGUUCUUUCAACAACUUCUAAAAUGUACU